AUGAUCCUCAGAUGGUUGUUAUUAGUCUUCUUUGCUUUACACACAGAAGCGGCUCCAAAAUGUGAAAAUGUGUUGAGGAGUGAUGUGAAAUGGUAUUUCGAUGAUCGACACCGAAUGUGCAUGGCUUUCCGAACGGAUUGUCAAUCGAGAUUCCAAGUGGUCGCCCAGUUUUUCGAUAGUGAAGAGGAGUGCACGUUGAAUCGAAUGAAAACUUUAUGGAAAAACAUUCGCGUGCGUUGUCCGGUCGAUCUUCGAAUGGCGACUUUUAAACGAACGAAUGGCGAUCGAGUUCCUUUUCUUUUCUCAGCGGAAAUGUGUCAUUCGGACGGUUUCUCGGAUAUGUGCGACAAAACGGAGACUUGUUUCACGGUUGAAUGGCUUGGUUUUUGUUGUAAUGAUGAGGCUUUCCUCGGUGAUGGACCAAAUGCUGGUGUGUUUAAUGUAACCGGUUUGGGCGGUCCAGUCAAUCACAUUCGAAACGCCGCUCAUAGUGAGCCGCCAAGUGAAGCGCCGGUGAAUUGCAAUGAGGAUGGAGAUCGGAAUGAGGUUGAGUGGUUUCGUAAUCCGUCGGGUCGUGGUUGCGUAUCGCAGCGUAUUCAAUGCUCUCUCCCAAAAUUCACUCGUCCCAUCAGACAAGAUGUUUUCCCUGAUGAGCAAAGUUGCAUGGAUUUCUGGUUUCCAAACGAGCACAUUUUACGUACGUUCGAUUGUGCAGAAGAGGGUUUCUCGGCUGCUGUCGACAUCAAUGGGACACCGCUUGUUUAUGAGAAAAGACUCUGCGGCUCUCCACAUGAUUCCGAUUUUUGUAAUCGUGACGAAGUGUGCAAAACGUUAAGCGACGUCGGUUUCUGUUGUCAGCGAUCAUCCGAGGGUGCCUUCAAAUACGCGCAAAUGGGUCGGAAAAAUCGUCAACAGCCAAUCCGGGUGCAUCGUUUGCGACGUGUCUUG